UAGAGGAGAGGGUGACGAUCCCCGUGUGGUUGCUGUAACAAUCUGACAGCAAAGGAAACAGUUAAACUUGCAAAAGGACACGGCGUGAAAAGAGAAGAGGAAUGUGGAGAAAGUAGCAGAAUAACACACAGAGACGGGGCGGCUCACCCAUGUGAUGUAAACAGACAGAACCUCACUGGGGAGAGGAGUGCAAUAAAGUGACUCGCCCACCCCACCACCACCAAACCCACCAACCCCCAGAUCAACCACAGCGUGAGUGUAACUUGAAAUGCCAUAAGGGAAAACUGGGUCAGCGAGUGAGGAAAGAGGAGCGUGUGUUACAAGGGGGAGAGGAGGAGGAGACGGAGAGAAAGAAAUGGAGAGAAAGCCCCGUCCAGCCGUUUUGGACUAACAAGUGGCCAGUUUGAGUUAAUCAUUUGGGAUACAGAGAAAUAAUACAAUAAUACCCAAUAAAGAUGGCAGCCAUCCCCAAAGAAGGCCCAGACGAUACCAAGAAGCAGAGUUUCUGGAUGCCGGGUAACUAUGAGCGCACUGUGCACCGUACCGAUCGGAGUCACCAGGCCUGUAAUGACAUCAUGGCGUGCUUCCUGGAGAGGGCAAAGGUUGAGAAGCAUUACGCCCAGCAGCUCAGCCAGUGGAGUAGCAAGUGGAAGUCCAUCGUGGAUUCCAGGCCGCUGUACGGCUCCCUCAUGAGGGCAUGGCAGUCCUUCUUCACCUCCGCGGAGCGUCUCUCCACCCUCCACUCCUCAAUCUCCCAGUCUUUGGUGUCGGAGGACAGCGACAGGAUGAGGGCCUGGCAGAAAGACACCUUCCCGAAGAAGAUGUUCUGCGGCUUCAAGGAGAGCCACGACAACCAGACCAGCUUCACACGCGCCCAGAAGCCCUGGGCCAAGAAACUGGAGAAGCUGGAGAAGGCCCGGCUCGCCUACCACAAGGCCUGCCAGAAGGAGCAGACGGCCGUAGACAAGGAGAAGCAGGCCAACGACAACUCAGAGAUGGUUCCGGCGAAACAGCAGAAGAUGGCGGCUGCUCGAGAGAAGGCCACGGAUGAGAAGGAAAAGGUCCGUGAACGCUACGAGAAAGUCCUGGAGGACGUGACGGCCUACACACCUCGCUACAUGGAGGAGAUGGAGGCCAUUUUCGACCAAUCACAGGAGGAGGAGAGGAAGAGGAUCAGCUUCCUCAAACAGGCCUUCCUCUCCAUCCACAGACAUCUGGAUAUCACCAACAAUGAGAGUGUGAAGGCGGUGUACAGUGAACUCCAUCACACCCUCAUGUCUGUCAGUGAGCAAGACGACCUGCGGUGGUGGAAGAACAACCACGGACCGGGCAUGCCCACCGACUGGCCAAGGAUCGAGGAAUGGGUCCCACCGGUGAAAAAGUUGAAGAGGAAGAAACGCGAGCGGAGAGAACAGGCAGAGCGACCUGUGAUGAUCGGCGGUGUCAAGGUGCGAGCUAUGUACGACUACAUGGGAGAGGAGGGGGACGAGCUGUCUUUUAAAGCAGGCGAGGUGUUUCUGAAGGUCGAGGAGGAGGACGAUCAGGGGUGGUGCCGCGGGGUGCUGAGCAGCGGGAAGGAGGGCUUCUACCCGGCCAAUUACGUCCAAGUUGUGGAGUGAUGUCACGCUGUCACUCAAAUGUUACAUCAUUAUCAGCCUGUCUCCCACAAAGUGCAUGUGAUGGCUGAAACACCCAUUCAUGGUCCAAAGUUGCCCGAGAUUUGAAGAUGAAGUUUCAAAUGCCGCACAAAUAGGGACUUUUUGUUAACCCGUACUGCUGAUGUCCAGAAGCUGUCAUGAUUGAUUCUCGUUAAAUAUAUAAUUUAAAUUUGAGCUAGAGAGAAUAAAGGAUUGAUUAACUGCUCUAAAUUCUAACCUCUACGGUUCAAGUGCCAAUGCUGUAUCUACUAAUUUAGCAAUUACUGCAACAUACAGUUACCGUGUCCGAAUUGUUAGUACAUGCUACAUGUAUAAAGUAUGUAGUGUAUACUGCAUACUUUUGGAGCAUAAUAUUCAGUAUGUAGCAUGCUCUGCAUACUACGAACACUCUGCAGACUCACAUCCAAGCUGAAGUGACCCUUCGUAACACCAGAAGACGAUCUCUGUUGCUUUUGCUUUGUCCAUUUCAAUUCAGCUUUACCUCUUUAUUUAUGCUAAAAUCAUAUUUUAUUGUGAAAAUAUAUCUAAAUGUGCAGACAAUGGCUGUUGCCCCUCCCGUUUCGUUGUCUGGCACAUUGCUUUGGAAAAUGUUCUCCUGGCGGUUUGUUUCUAUGGAAAUGUGAGAGUUUUAAUAAACUCCGUCCUUAAUAUUUGUGACUAUGUAUUAUGUAUAAUACAUAGUAGUGUAGCGUAGUAUACUACAUUUCAUAUUAAUACCAUGCAUACUAAAAUUAGCAUACUAAUAGUAUGAGCAAUUCGGACACAGCUAGUGUGUUUUUGUGUGUCGGUCUGUUCGUGUGUGAGUAUUUACACGAGGCCAAAAACAAAAGGAGGGAGAGAACGCCAUCGCACUCCUGUCAUCUUCCGUCCUAUCUAUGUGAGACGAGUCAUUAAGACCUUUUCAGCAGAGCGCACGACGCUUGAGCAGGCGCACAUUUAUUUCAAGUAUGUGUGUGUGCAAACUGCAGCAGGUUCAUGUUUACUUGAUAAGUUUGGUACAGAGGCACAUAGAAGUUCCUGUGACUUUGGGAAUGAAUUUUUAAAAAUAAAGGUCUAUUUCACA